AUGACAUCUGAUUUGACAUGUUUUUAGCCCGCCGUUUUCGACUGAAUAAAAAAUAAAUUUAACAUUGUUUAAUGAAUAUAAAUUAAAGGUUAUUUCCAAAAAAUGUCGACUUUUAAAUUUAAUUUUUUGGGUAAUACGGACAACGAUAAAACAGAGGAUGAACAUGAAGAAAUCAAAUGGUUUGAAUGUGAAGAAAUUAUACCAGACAAACAGAUAAAUAAUUUAGAUGAUGUAGUUGUUCAUGCAAAGAUGUUUAUAUGUGAGGAUAUUGAAAUAGGACAUGUUAGUAGCUGUGAUAAAUUAUUUUCUAGCGGAGAUUAUACAUUUAAUGCAUUGGAAUUAGCUGAAAAGGAACAUAGCGAUUUGAUCGCUGGCAAAUAUGAAGGAGGUCUUAAAGUGUGGGAAUGUACAAGUGACGUUAUUAAAUAUUUGUUAGAUAACCCUGAUAUCAAUUUUAAAGGAGCAAAAGUACUAGAUCUAGGAUGCGGAGUGGGUAUACUGGGUAUAUAUGCAUUACUAAACGACUCUAUAGUAACAUUCCAAGAUUAUAACAAGGAAAUAAUAGAGUGUGUUACAAUACCAAGUGUGCUUCUAAACAUUGAAAAUGAACAGAGAGAAGAAGUAAUAAAAAAAUGCAAAUUUUAUUCAGGAGACUGGGCAUCAUUUGACAAGAAAUUAGCAAACACUGAUAUUUAUGAUAUAAUUUUAACAUCAGAAACAAUAUAUAAUGAGAAAAAUUAUGAGAAACUUACUAAUAUAUUCUUGAAUAGGUUAAGCAAAGAUGGCAGUGCUUAUGUAGCAGCUAAAACAUGUUACUUUGGUGUUGGCGGAGGAAUGAGACAGUUUGAAACAUACAUACAAAAAACUGGUUCAUUAAAAAGUGAAGUCGCAUGGAAAAGUUCAGGUGGUAUACAGAGGGAAAUUUUAAAAAUAAAAAGAAUAUAG